AUGGAAUGUGAUGCACCUAUGAUGCAAAUUGAGUUGAUUAUAACGUUUAGCAUAAUAGGUUUCGCUGCUUCGAAAACUGGUUCUGUGGAUACAAAUGAAGUAAUUGGAAUUGACUUUGGAACCUCUUUUGUAAGUGUAGGAAUUUUUCGCUAUGGCACAGUUGAAAUAAUACCAAAUGAGUAUGGAAAUAGAAUGACUCCAACAUAUGCACUAUUCACUGAAACAGGUGACUGUAUAAUAGGAGAACUUGCAUACCUGAAAACUGGCCAUAAUCCUAAAACAAAAAUUUAUAAUUUAAAAAGACUAUUAGGUAGAACUUGGGAUGACACUUUCGUUCAAAACUUAAUAGCAACAGUUCCAUAUGAUCUUGCUUAUGUAAAUAACAAACCAUAUGUUCAAGUGAAUCUGGGUUACAAAACAAUACAAUUUUCUCCGGAGGAAAUAAGCGCGAUGUUUCUUGUCCAAAUGAAGCAAUUAGCAGAACAAUACUUACAUGGUACCAUCAAAGACGCUGUAAUAACUGUACCAGCAUAUUUCAAUGAUCAACAAAGACAAGCAGUUAAAGAUGCUAGUGCUAUUGCUGAAUUAAAUGUUCGAAGACUAAUUAGUGAACCAACUGCCGCAGCGAUGGCAACCCGUAUUCACAACACAGAAGAAGAAAAUAUGAUUUUUGUUUUAGAUCUUGGUGGAGGAACAGUUGAUGCAUCAAUAAUACAACAGUAUGACGGACUUUACGAAGCCAUUACAACAGUGGGAAACACCAGUUUGGGUGGAGAGAACUUUAAUGAGAGAGUGUAUUCUCAAUUGGUUAAUCAAUAUAUAAGACGGACUGGGGAAAAAUAUCCUUACCAAAGAAUUGAUAUGCAAGUACGGCGUGACAUCGAAAGAGCCAAAAGAGCGUUAUCCUCAGUAACAGAAACCAUGAUUGAAAUCAAUUCGAUUUAUCCAGGUGAAGAUUUUUCGUGGAAGUUGACAAGAGAGCAUUUUAAUGAUCAUUGCAAAGUAGUUGCCAUAUUUAUCCAUGCAUAA